AUAUUAAAUAUUCAUCACAUUUAUUUCACCUUGAUAUUUUGGAUGAAACAAGAAUAUUAGAAGAUGGAUAUAAUGAAUAUUACUCCUAUGAUGACUGUAUUAUAAAAAAGUUGUUAACAAAAGAUCACAUAUCGGAUAUCUUAAAAUCUGAGGAAAAUAAGAUAAUUUCUGAAGGCAUUGAAGAAUCAAUGUUUGAGCAAGUUUCUAAAAAGUUGGAAAAUGUUAAAAAACUUGAAAAUUGUAAAAAAACAAAGUUAAAGCUUCAGACAACUUUUACCCUUGUCAGCCUGGAGAUUACUAAUUUGUCUUACAUUGGUUCAAAUCAACCUUUUAGAUUUGGUUUGGAAUUUCCCCAAUCAACACUGGUGAAGGAGGUUUUUUCAUCAUAUGAUAUUAUCUCUCUUAUUGGAGAAGUAGGAGGAUGGGCAGGGUUACUACUAGGAUGCAGUGCCUUAGGUUUUGCAUUUAUGAUCAGAGGAAAACUUGGUCAAAAUAUUGGAUUCAGGAUAUUUCUUUGUUUCGUUAUUGGAAUGUCUGCUGCUAUACUUUACCAGCUUACACUCUCAACACAGAAGCUGCAGAGUAACUUGAUAGGAACUAAUGUAGAAUACAUGGAAACAGAUCCUAAUCUUAACAUCUCAAUAUCAAUCUGUAAUUACAAGAAUACCUGGCCUAUACACAAUAUUACAGAGCUUGAAGAUUUUGAUUCAAUAUUCCAUAGAAGUAAACUAGACACUGAUUGGAUUGAAGAUAAAGACACUAUGUCAUCUAUCUUUAUAUGGAUGGAUGAACAAGAUGUUAUAUAUUCAUGUAAAACAAUGAAAUUUACUGAAGAAGAGAUUAAAAUUGUUCAUAGUCUUUAUUCCUACGAUGCUAUUUUCCUUCAUGAUCCUAGCUUUAUCACUGGGGGAACUUCUUUAAAGUUGACAGGACCAGGAUUGAAUCAGAACAGAAUCCUCCUUCUCAAUGCUAAACAGAUUCAAAGCAUAGAAGAAGAUUAUAUUUGCUCAAAUUCCAUUGAACAUGAUUCAUGCAGAGAUGAUUAUAUAGCACAAGAGUUUAACACUACAUUUGGAUGCAUCUUAUUUAAUAUGAAGAAACCAAGAAAUGAAUUUGAGAAUUGUGUUCUGACAGAUCCAUACUCAGGAAUAUUGCCGUAA